UGAGGGCAAUCUAAAUGUCUUCCAUUUUUGAGAGGGGAUUAUCAUCAAGAUAGCGGUUUUCUAAGACAAGGUUCGCCUUUGCCUUUGACCCAAUCUGCGAAAGUAGGUACAUCCAUCUGCGUCUAUUGUUAAAGAACUUCCAUUACGCCAGUAGUGGAAAUUAAUGGAAGAUCGAAUGACUGUUUCUUUGGCGGGUUCGAGGAGCCUCUUGCACCGAUCGAUUGUCGCGUGCUAAUGUAGUAAUGGCGGCAUUCAUGGAGAAAAACUUGUAAGCUUCAAGUUGGACAUGGAAAACGACAAUGGGGGAAAAGUUCCGGUGUCUUCUCAGAUCCCAGAGAAUGAUUCAGGAACAAAGUAUACGAUUCCGGGUAUUUUGCACUUUAUUCAACACGAAUGGGCCAGAUUUGAGAUGGAUCGAGCGCACUGGGAUGUCGAGAAAGCAGAAUUGCAGGCUCGUAUCGCAUUUUUACAAGGAGAAAGAAAAGGACAAGAGAAUCUUAAACAUGAUCUAAUUAGGAGAAUUAAAAUGUUGGAAUAUGCUCUGAAACAAGAAAGAGCAAAAUAUCACAGACUAAAAUAUGGAACAGAAGUGUCGCCAGAAAAGGUGUCCAAAGAAGAGGAAAAUGCCAAUCAGGAGGCUCACAGGGAUGGUAGCACAAAUAACACAAAACCAGUUGUAAAUUGGCGACAGGGCCGACAGCUACUUAGACAAUACCUUCAAGAGGUUGGCUAUACAGACACUAUUUUGGAUGUACGUUCCUCAAGAGUGAGAUCUAUACUUGGUCUGUCAGUAGCAGAUGGUUCUGCACCAGAUCAUCCUCAGCCAAAUGGUAUUUCUAGUAAAAGCAGGGGAAAUGAAUAUGCAGUAAAUGAAGAUCAUCCACGAUCUCCGAAACGAAAUGAGGUCAGCAUCAUCAGAAAUUUGCCAGUUGAGGAAUCUGAUGUUGCUUUGCCUGUAACUUCUGGGAAACGUGCUCAAGUGCGACCUGUGGUGAACUCAAGAGCACCUAUUGAUGAUGAACUUGAGACAGAAGCUGCUGUACUUGCCAACUUUGACUUUUUGCAAAAUGAUGUGGAAGAUGAGGAAGAUAACGAUGAUGAACUAGAUGAUGGAGGGAGUGCAGAUGAUGAAUCUGAUGACAGAGAUGACAUGAGAUUGGGACGGAGGAUGGGCAAGAGAGCUAAACCAGAUUUGAGUAAAGAUGCAGUUGAUGAAAUGCUCACCGUAGAUGAUGAAACAGCUGAUGCACUGGCUGAGUUUGAUUUUGUGAUGGGUGAAGACUCUGGUUCAGAGACUGAUGUAACGGUGAUUGAGGUGGACAAUAACGCUGCAGUGCUUGAUAAUAUGGAUAUUGCUAUGCAUGAGGAAAGUGAAUAUCCUCCCUCUCAAGAUGCAAGAGAUGGGUCUGAAGCACAGAAUGAGUGGGGUGUUGAUUCUAACUUGCUGGCCAAGUUGAAAGAACAGUAUAAGAAAGAAAGAAAGACCAAAAAGAGUCAAAAGAGACCACCAAGGUCAGCAUUACAAGCCAUGCUGGCAAACCUGGAGGGAGAGGAUGAAAUGCCCCAGCCAGCACCUUCACCUGCUAUUAUUAAUGUCCCUCCACCAGUCAGACUGAGUGGAACUCGUGCCACAUCUGAGAUCCCACCUAUUGCAAGCGUUUCUCUACCUGGGAAUUCAAGUGCAGUGGGGAAGCCUGCGGUGACCGCACCCAUGGCCACUGCAGACGAACCAUUUGAGAGUGCUCUGGGUCUUGGUGAAUUGGCAAGUUUAACUGUCACUAAUGAGGCAGAAGCUCUCUCAUAUGAGCCAAACACAAAGGAAGAGUUCAGGAAAACAUGGAGCCCAAAGUUCGCAUUAAGAAGUCACUUUGAUAGCAUCAGGUCCUUGUACUUUCAUCCGACUGAGUCAGCUCUUAUCACAGCCUCAGAAGAUCAUUCACUUAAAUUAUGGAAUCUUCAGAAAACUGUUCCUCAGAAAAAGAGCAAUGUGUUAGAUGUAGAACCAAUUUAUACGUUCAGGGGUCACAGCGCUCCUGUGCUCUCAGUUGUGAUAAACUCCACAAGUGAGAUGUGUUUCAGCGGCAGCGCUGAUUCAACCAUCAUCUGUUGGAGUAUCCCGUCUCUCGACAUCGACCCUUACGGCCCUUACAAUUCGGAUAAUGUCAGCGGCAUGCUGGUAGCUCACACAGAUGCAGUGUGGGAUUUGGCAGUUCAGACGGGCUCGCUACAGUUACUCUCUGCUUCGGCAGAUGGAACAUGUCGGCUCUGGAGUCCCACGUUAAAGUCACCUUUACUGAAUAGCUACAUUCCUGAACAAGAAGGCUGUGGCGUUCCCACAUCAGUUGACUUCAUCCGCACUGAGACAUCACAGAUGGUAGCGUCUUAUUCAUCUGCUCAAUGUAUUAUUUAUGAUUUGGAGACAGCAGCACCAGUUGUUUCACUCGACAGCGCAAAAACAUACAAUAAUUCACCUUCAACACAAAUUAACAAAGUAGUUAGCCACCCCACCCUCCCCCUCACAGUCACAGCCCACGAAGACCGACAUAUACGCUUCUUUGACAACAACACAGGUAAACAAAUUCACACCAUGGUAGCUCACCUUGAUGCGGUGACCAGCCUAGCCGUGGACCCGAAUGGCUUGUACCUCUUAUCAGGAAGUCAUGACUGUUCCAUUCGUCUGUGGAACCUGGACAGUAAAACCUGCGUCCAAGAAAUAACCUCACAUCGGAAGAAAUUUGAUGAAGCGAUAUACGACGUUGCUUUUCAUCCCAAUCGACCGUACAUUGCUAGCGCGGGCGCGGAUGGAUUAGCUAAGGUGUUUGUGUGACGUUGAAGUUGUCACGACAACAUCUGCGCGAUCAUGAAUUGUAGGAAGCUGGUGUCAUAAUGGGUUUGGCUAACAGAACUCUGAAGCGCUGCGUGGUGUUACUAAAAUUGUUUCCUUUGACACAAUGCCGACUCUGAGACGAUUGUAUGAUGAAGUCACGCCAGUUACAUCACAUGCAUCUCUGCUGUAACGCCAUGCAAAAGGCCUAAAAUAAGGUUGCGAAUGUCUUGGAGUAAAAUGUAAAAAUUUUUAAACGAUUCUUCUCCUUAUAUGACGAACUCAAUGCUCGGGAAGCUACAGUUGAGGUGGCUAUCUUGUACAAAAGUAAACUGGCGCUUGUCGACCAAUUCACCUUCACCAUGCUUCAAAACAGGACGGAGCUAUCACGGUAACAAUGUAGUAACGACAUGGUUUGAUAUAUUUUUGUUCUGAUAUACAUUUUCAGAGUGCUUCUCUCUAUACAACCGUGGGAAAACGCCGAAUUAUCGUCGGUUUUUCAUUUGGCUUUUCGCUUUGUUUCCUGCUCAUUUUAUGAAUCGAAGUCAAUCUCCAGUUAUCAUUUUCAUGGACGUCUUCUCGAUAUAUUUGGAUCAAGAGUGCAGGCGAACUCGGAGAGUACCGGUAGUUUGUCACAUUUGAGUGAGAACGUUGUAUCUUCAAUUCAGUGAGAAGGAGCAAACUCGUAUUGAUUGGUAGACGGAUACCCACUAACAUCAACCAAUUGAUGUGCGAACACUCACGAGCAGUUAUCGAUUGAUGGAUAACUACUCGGUAGCACUAUUGUCUUUUUUAAAUUGAUAUGCGUCUAUCUCUUUCUUAGUUGAAUUGUAUACUUUUGAAAAGCUUAGGUGAAAGUUCUCUACCGCCUGUCGUUUUAUCGGAGAUGUAUGUAGCUCGACUGAUUGGUAAUAUGAUUUUAACCUUACACGUGUGGGGUUAGUAUCCCUUUGCACCUUUUUAGCUUAGUAGUUUAUUUCUUUUUGGUGCAGUUCAAAAUCACUAGAUCCUCUGAACUGAAAAGAACGAUGUUGUGACUCUUG